GCUGUCGGAGCGGCGCGGCCGUGUAGCUCCCGGGAACUGGCUGUCGUGGGGGUGGCGGGGACGCGAGUGGCGGCUGCGUGGGGUGCAGGGCGGGUGGCCUCACGGCUGCACCUUCCUCGCGGAGCCGGGAGCAGACUUAGAGCAAUUGCGGUGAGGCGACAGCCCCGGCGCACACCCGAGAAGAAGCGGCCGUGGCGGCGGUGGCAGCGGCCCCAGCCAUGCUGUGCUAUGUGACGAGGCCGGACGCGGUGCUGAUGGAGGUGGAGGUGGAGGCAAAAGCCAACGGCGAGGACUGUCUCAACCAGGUGUGCAGACGUUUGGGAAUCAUAGAAGUUGAUUACUUUGGGCUGCAGUUCACGGGUAGCAAAGGCGAAAGCUUAUGGCUGAAUUUGAGGAACCGGAUCUCCCAGCAGAUGGAUGGGCUGGCACCUUACCGGCUUAAACUUCGGGUCAAGUUCUUUGUGGAGCCUCAUCUCAUCUUACAGGAGCAGACAAGGCAUAUCUUCUUCUUGCACAUUAAGGAGUCCCUCCUGGCAGGCCACCUCCAGUGUUCCCCAGAGCAGGCAGUGGAACUUAGCGCCCUCCUGGCCCAGACCAAAUUCGGAGACUACAACCAGAACACCGCCCAAUACAGCUAUGAGGAUCUGUGCGAGAAAGAGCUCUCCAGCUCCACUCUGAACAGCAUCGUUGCAAAGCAUAAGGAGCUGGAGGGCAUCAGCCAGGCUUCUGCAGAGUACCAGGUUCUGCAGAUUGUGUCAGCAAUGGAGAACUAUGGCAUAGAGUGGCACGCCGUGAGGGACAGCGAAGGACAGAAGCUCCUCAUCGGGGUUGGACCUGAAGGCAUCUCAAUCUGUAAAGAGGACUUUAGCCCCAUUAACAGGAUAGCUUAUCCUGUGGUGCAGAUGGCCACCCAGUCAGGAAAGAAUGUCUACUUGACUGUCACCAAGGAGUCCGGCAACAGCAUCGUGCUCCUGUUUAAAAUGAUCAGCACCAGAGCAGCCAGCGGGCUCUACCGAGCCAUCACCGAAACCCAUGCAUUCUACAGGUGUGACACAGUCACCAGUGCCGUCAUGAUGCAGUACAGUCGUGACUUGAAGGGCCACUUGGCAUCUCUGUUUCUGAAUGAAAACAUUAACCUUGGUAAGAAAUAUGUCUUCGAUAUCAAAAGAACAUCCAAAGAGGUCUACGACCAUGCCCGGAGGGCUCUGUACAACGCCGGUGUUGUGGACCUUGUCUCGAGGAAUGACCAGAGCCCUCCCAGUUCGCCGCUCAAGUCCUCCGACAGCAGCAUGAGCUGCAGCAGCUGCGAGGGCCUCAGCUGCCAGCAGACCCGGGUGCUGCAGGAGAAGCUGCGCAAGCUGAAGGAGGCCAUGCUAUGCAUGGUGUGCUGCGAAGAAGAGAUCAACUCUACCUUCUGCCCCUGUGGCCACACUGUGUGCUGCGAGAGCUGUGCAGCCCAGCUGCAGUCAUGUCCGGUCUGCAGAUCACGUGUGGAGCAUGUCCAGCAUGUCUACCUGCCCACCCACACCAGUCUCCUCAAUCUGACUGUCAUCUAAUGCAUCCUGUGCUCACCGGGCAAGCCAUGUCCCCACACGUCAGACUGCCACCUAAAUGCGUCCUGCAUUCGCUGGGCAAGCCAUGUCCCCACACGUCAGACUGCCAUCUAAAUGCGUCCUGUGCUCACCGGGCAAGCCAUAUCCCCACAAGCUGCAGUAUUCUAGACUUUAAGAAUAAUGACUUUGUGAAGAGAUAUUUCACUCUCAAUGCCCAUCUGCCAUGAGACAUUUUCAGAAACAAGGAAGAAAGGAAAAACAAGAAUGCGAGCACACCUCUUCUGUGAGCAGAAGCAACAGCCCCCAUGGCUACCGCGAAGAACUCUGGGACACGGACACAUUCCUUGGACUUUGGGGUUGUUUUUUUUUUUUAAAUGAUCAAGUAAAGGAGUAGAUAAAAUCGUCUUUGUCAGUCAAGUGGCAACAUGGCCCAACAGUGGGCACCUUUUAGGAAAUGAUGUCAUAUGUCUCCUUCACUUUUUCUAAGGCAGCAGAUUUUGUAAGUGAUUUAGGGAUUUCCUUGGUUCUUUUUGUAUGGUCAUGGAGUGCUGGACAUUUUUAAUAGGAUUUUUUUUCUUAAAGAAAUAGUCCUCAUUAUAAAGUCAUUUCUGUCUUUAUAACUCAUUCAAGAACAACUGGAAAGCUGGCAGAUUGAAAAGGCAAUCCUGUCUCAAGGGUUGACAGCAAUGUUGUCAGAUUGGAACCAGUCUGGCUGAGAGCCAACAGCUAACUCACCAUGGGUGACUUCCUUCCUAGCUUCUCUGAUUCCCUCACUCCGCACCCCAUGCCUUUCACUGAUAAAAAUGCUACCAGUUCAAUUAAAAGACAUAUAUGGCAUGGUCAAACACUCCCUGGGCUUUUGAGAUUGGAAAGCAAGAGUAGAUUCCUUGAAAGGGAAAAGAUGUGAGAGAGAGAGAGAGAGAGAGAGAGAGAGAGAGAGAGAGAGAGAGAGA